AUGGAUAUCAAGAAUUUGCUUUGUCCUACUCUAGACUCGGAUGAUCAUUUUAUCUACAAAAACUAUUCACCAGUCUACUCUAAAGCCUCGCUUAAUAUACAUAUUGAGACACAGUACCGUCAGCCGUCGGUUGUCUGGUCAUCAACCUCAUCUACACCCUCGUCCCCUCAAAGCAUGAACAGCUCAUUAGCAUCAGUUAGUUAUCCAGCAUAUUCACCUGUCUCAUCUCCACCUACGUCGCCAUUGCCGUCACCUUCCCUUUAUCCACUUAGCCAGCCAAUCACAUUAGCACCAAAUACAUCAGCAACUGUACCAGCAGCAGCAGUAGUAGUAGGUCGGCAGUGUAAUUCAAUUGAGACCAAUAGUCGCCAGCAUACACGCACACCAUGGACUCCAGAAGAAGAUUUUCUACUGCAGCAAGGCUUCAUGCAAGACCUGUCCUGGGCCAUGAUCUCGGCUACCUACCUUCCCCAUCGAUCCCGGGGCUGCUGCUGGGGUCGAUUCAAAACCUUGCAGACAAAGGAGAUCGAGCAGCGUGAAUGGUCUAAUGAAGACGACAAGCAGCUCAUGUUGGUCAUUAAGAACCACGCCAGACUGUUCAAGCAGGCUUGGAAAUCAGUCGCACAAAAUAUGAAGAACCGUACCUGGAGAGAAUGCGAAUUUAGAUCAAUCAAGUACACUAGUCUUAUUCGCAAAAGACGCUCGAGGGGAAUCUAA